AUGAACCCACUCGGCGAAGUCUCCCCUCCCCAGGGUCCAACCCAUCUUGCAGCCGGCCACGCACCCCCAACCCCACCCCACGACAACCCUCUCGACGACAUCUACCACUCCGCCCCCCCGUCCCCAACCGCCCCAAACACACUACCCGCGCACCCCCGCGCCCACGAAAUCCUAUCCGAUCUCCCAUCCCGCCAACGCGCCCUCGACACAGACGCAUACCGCGAAGGCCUAGCCAACAACAAGGGCCAAUACCUCCAAGCCGGUUUCGACGAAGGCUACGCCCUCGGCGCCAGCCUCGGUCUGCGCGUAGGCUGGAUUCUCGGUGUGCUGCAGGGUUUCGAGGCGGCGUGGAAGGGGGUGGAUGAGCGGGUGUUUGAGGAGGUGCGUGGGUUGCGCGAGUUGGCGCAAAAGGAGUUGGGGUUGCAGGAGCUGUGUGGGAAGUCAGGGUGA